AUGUUUCUUGAACUUCUUUCCUAUGUCGGUUUAGUUGUGGGAUUUGUAUUCCUUGUGUUAGCCAUUGCAUCAGGAUUAUACUAUAUAUCUGAAUUAGUUGAGGAACAUUCUGAACCUACUAAGCGAUUCUUAACGAGAUUGAUAUAUGUUAUAAGUGGGGUUUUAGUUUUGUUAUUAAUCUUUGAUAAGUUCCCUUUUAAAUUGACAGUGUUUUCAAUCUUCUCCUAUUAUGUUUAUUUGCAAAAUUUGCAAAAGUUCCCAUAUGUUCAAUUGACUUCUCCAAUUUUCCUAGCAUCAUGUAUACUAGUUGUAUUGAAUCAUUUCUUAUGGUUUGACCACUUCCACAACCCAUACAUUCCACCAUUGGAAAUCCGUUUGAAACCAGAUUACGAGCCACCACAUAUUCCGUCAUUUGUCGAGGUUUGCUCGUUCUUUGGAUUAUGUGUUUGGCUUGUUCCAUUUGCGUUGUUCGUAAGCUUGAGUGCUCAUGAUAAUUUAUUGCCGCAUCAUAUGGAAGCUCCAAAUUCAAAGGAUAAAAAGAAGAAUAAUGGUUUGGCAAAGGUUGUUGUUGCAAACUUAAGAGAAUAUGUUUAUUCAAUCAGUCGAAGAUUAGGUUAUGAAUUAGAUCCUAAUCAUGGUACAAUUGUAUAA